AUGUCGGCAGGGCUGCCGCCGCCGUCGGUCAACGCGCACGUAUCACGGGGUUCACACCCAUUUCGCGCUGCGGACAUCUCGCGCUGUCCUCCAGGGUCGGCCUCGACGUCGUCCGCGAGGCGGAUCAUCACCACCACCGCCAUCCCCACCGCUCACAUUCUCCCAAAUUAGUCGUGGACUCUGCGAUUCGGCUGGGGGCUCGAGACGUUAUGCCGCUCCCGAGGUGCAUACACACACUGCGCGGCACCGAUUAGGGUGGUGGUUUGCGCGCGUGACCGAGGAGGGUGAGAAAUAGAGCACGGGGCACAGUUGCGUGUGUCUUAACCUGAAGAACACGAAAAAAGAGAAAAGAAAGAGAGAGAGAGAGAGUGCGUAAGUGAGUAAGUGCGGCGUUUUAUACGUGGAAGUCGUCCGAGAAAAAUCGUAAGAUUCGAAUUCGUAGACUCUCCGUUCUCUCGAGACUUCUCUCGACGAGGAUUUCGACGUUGAUCCUCAACGAGGAAGGGACGGAACGCGAGAGGACGUGUCGUCGACAGCUGAGAAGAUAUUAAAGCGGGCGAAGGAGAGUGCCGAAAGUCCACGGGACACGUCGGUGGCGCGGUGAUGUCGAACGCGAGAUCCUCGCGGGAGCUCGUUGCACCAGGUUCGAUCCUCGCCUCCGUGCGUCGCCGCGUUAUCUGGAACGACACGAGGGACGUCCUGUCGCUCCCGCGAGCGUGAUUCAAGCCUGAUUAAGUGUCCCAUUGGGAGAAUUACACGCGAAAGAAUUAUAUGCCGGAAGAGACCCAUAAGUCAGACAGACGAAUUUUCGCGAUCGCGGAUCGAUCAAGCGAACCGCGCGCACAGCGAACGCGGUAAACAUCGAUAAGACACGCGCUGCGCGAGAGGAAGAGAGAGAGAGAGAAACGGAGAAAAGAAGAGUAUAGCGCGGUUGCGUAAGGUGGAGUGAGAAAUAGGCGCGAUGAUUUCGAUCGUCGCCAGGGAAUCUCGCGUCAAGUCCGGAAUGUCGUGUAUCCCCGCGCUACUUGCCAGAUGCUCCGUAACGAUCGUCGUCGACGUGCGACCGUACGUAGGGUGGUAGCGCGGACAGCAAGAUCGGAGGAGCGAGAGCAGCAGCAGCAGCAGCAGCAACGACGGCCAGUAGCAGCUGGUCGGAGCUCUAAUACGCGCUUCCGACGCCGUGAUACCGCCGCGCGGGGUUGGAUGCGGAACGACGGGACGAUGGCCGGUGGUGCGUGCACGGAAGCGGCACAUGAAACGUUAGUCGAAACGGUGAUCAAUAAUAAGACGCUCCGGUACGUCGAGGGAUUGUGAACCGGCGAUCGCUCUUCCUCACGUCCCGUGGCUCGCGAGGCUCGUCGCCGUAAGGAUGUAGGGGGGCCUGCGAUAACGGGCCCCGUAGAGGCGCCGCUUCGUUUCCUCUCCGUUUCCCUCACGCGACGAUCGCGAGAGCGAUCUGACGACGGGGGAAGUUAAAGCGCACGAUUUAACGGAAAAAAAAAAAAACGAAAAAGAGAGACGAAGCAGGAGUAUAUAUAUAUAUAAUACGUUAAUAAUAAAAUCGCGGCACACACCAGCAAAGUGUUAAACUUAAACAUAAUUAUGUGUUCCUUAGUCCAUCUUUUAGGUGGCUCCGAGUUAUCGAGCGUAUAUCGCAGUUCUCGUCGUAUGUAGCAAUUUUCUUAUACCACCCUCGAGUGGAGCAUAGAUGCCUUAGUGUCCGUUUAGCGAGAAGGGAAGAGAGGAAGGAAGAGGAAAAAGAGGAAGGAAUAUUGAACUUCCUCGAUGAACGAUCGAUCGGCGAUCUCGCGAUACGAUCGUAAAUACAGCGAGCAUGUCGCGGAAGACGCGAUUAAAUACACGUCGCGAUACACGAUAGAGAAAAGCCACUCCGAAACGGAAGACUAGAGGAGGCACGAACCGGAGAGCGAGAGAAAGAAGUGCGUUCUGUGUCGUAUGAAAAAUAUAAUCGUUGUUAAACCGGCCUCGAAGUAGGUCACAAGGUCGAUACUAAAAUGAAGUGAAGAUGCAAGAGGAAACCGGGAAAAUGGCAUGUGCUAACGACGUUAAUAACGGCGGACCGAUUUUUCGGGGCGGACCCGGCGUAGUGUGAAGUAAUUAGUGCACGUUGUGCGGGCGUCAUUCGCGCGGAGUGUCGCGCGAGGUAAUCUAAUAGCGGACUACCCCUAUGUACGGUGGAUAAUUACUAGCGAAAAUGGUCGAUGCAUACCUAGGAGGAUACGUUAUUUUACUGACGAGUGACAACGGGAGGGUCAAGCUCUACGGAUCGCCAGCGGAUAAUGGCACUCUGGAAGUGAGCGAUGAAAUUUUAGAAGUGAACGGUCGCACCUUAGAAAAUGCAACUCAUACCGAAGUCAUUCAAUACAUACAUGAGUGCAUCGACUCUCGAACAAUAUGUCUGCGACUUCGGAGAAGCGGAAACAGAAACGUGGAAGAGCUGGACGGGCCGAACGGGAGUGGGCGGAUACGAGACGCCUGGGUUAUCGCCGUCGAAAGGAACGCAAGGGAGAGGCUGCAGAAAUUGACGGCACUCCAGAAGAUCCAGCCGCGCGACAUCCAUACCAUCUUACAUCAGCGGACAAUAAAUUCGGUAGCGUCCACGAGCGAAGACUCCACUUCAAAAGACGUAUCGAAUGGCCAAAUUACGGUUACUUUGGCGGACAAGGAAUUGGAGACGAAUUCUUUCUCCUCCAAACUUAGCAACGGUACGAUUCCCAAGGGAUUAGGAAAAGAGGCGGACAUCCGAGUGGAAAACACCUCGCAGGAGCGGAAGGACGCUUUGGAAAAGCAGCACAGCGAAGAGGCGAACCUCUUGCAACCGGUACAGAGCGGAAGAAUCGGGGAACGACGCUCGAGCAGCCCUUUCCAAAAUGGUAGGACGGAAGUGUUGAUUGGCGAACCGGAGGGCGGCCCGAGGUCGCCGCGGGGAUCGACGUCUUCGGCGGUGAACGACGGCAAUUUCCUGAAUCCACCGGACGAGCGAGACGAACCAAUUUGCAGGUCCCGAAGGCGUAGCGGUAGUGGCGUGACGGACAUACACUCUCAGCAACAGCAGCAGCAAUCGCAGUUGCAAGAGAACAACAACUCGCGCGAACAACAACUCGUGCGAACAACAGGCUCGCGCGACGCGAAGAAGCCGCAGGAGGGACUGGGGCCCGAUGAGAUGUGGGCCCCUGGCGCCCUGGGCCAUCAUCGGGAGCUACCUGUUGAUGUGCCCGACACCCUUCUACAGAAGGCCUAUCCCAACAAGGUAAAAAACUGCUCUUCCGAUUAUAGGAACGGGCUACAGCAUCGUCCCCGUAGCGCUAGCGACCUCGACCUCUCCCUAAACCUUAAAAACGAGACCCUAAAGACGCGCACCAUCGCGGACGGACGCGCUAGACUCGUAUCGAACGAUCGCACGCACGACGUCACCGAUCUGGCAGCCAGAACAAUUAACAUCCACAACGGUCUUCAGCCCUCCAUGCUGAAGAUCGAACUGAAUAUCGAGGACGAGGAGGAGAAAGUGAAAGCCACCAGGAAGAACCUGGGAUUCGACAAAUAUCACGAUAGCCCGAUCGCCACCGGCUCGCCAGAUUUGAAAAAUACCUUUAAAGUUUUCCAAGUGUACGCGAACGUUGACGAGGACGCAGGUGGACAGAAGGAGUCCAGUGUUGAUAUUGAAGACGACUACCCUUUUGCUAAGGAGGAUUAUCCCACCAUGCUGAAAACAUGUAGUGACGAUUCCGCGAGCCCGAGAAGCUCAUCGGGUAGAUCGGACAGUACCGCACCCCUUGAUACCAGUCUAAUGCUCAGGCAUAGCAAAAGUCAUAAGGACUCCCCGACUUAUGACGUCCGAAGGAUAGACCUCGGUUCUCCUUGUAGAUCGGUGAUACCCGAUAUCAAGGUGGCCCCACUAUUUGGCCGAACCCGAGACGCGACUUCCUUCGACAAUCCGGCUUAUGGAUUAACGGACUUGCAGGAUCUUCAGGGGCUACUGCGAUCCGACGAGAUGUCAGACUUAACCAGACUGAUUGAUGAACAAUCUCCAAUCCCAAGAACUCCGCAAGACCAAGAUAAAGUCUCGCCUGUUCGUGUCAAGGAUCAGCAGAUGGAAUCUUCCCAAACCGAGCCAUCAAGCAAGUCCGGCAAGAGCCCGACGAAACGUCGUCCAAAUGACGAGCGAACUAAAUUGAAGACUAAAACUCGCAGUCUCGAUAUCGAGGAAUUGAUUCGAGCUGGUUCGACCGACGAUCUUCUCGGCAUCGAAUUAAGCGAUCUCUCCUCUUCGUCCUCGUCCCGGCAGCGGACAAAAAAGAAGCGACAUCAGCAGAUCUCCAGCGGCUAUUCCACACUGAGGAGCGAGGCCUCUGGCGAUCUCGAGCAUAACGCGGACCGCAGCUUCCUCGUGGUGGGCAGAAGGCCUUACCGCGAGGUAGCCGUCGAUUGUCCACCGGAUUUCGUGCCGGUCACCAAGUGCCACCCGAUAUACCCACCGCCGAAUAAGACCCCCGGCAACAGCAAGCACAACACCCUCGAGCCAAAGCGCGAUCGCGCGAGUGUCAUUAACGAGGCGAGUUCGUGCGCUGCGACAACGACGAUGACCAUGACGACAACCACGCUCGUAGCCUCCCCUCGCCUCUCCCUGAACGAUAAUAGCUUCACGACGCUGUCUAGUGCCGACAGUAGCGCUAAAGAGACCGUGGUCGCGCGCUCGGUAGACCAUAAGCACAGCUUGAAGAAGGCCGGUCUCAAUGGGGUCAAGCCUGCCAUUCCACCGCGCGAUCAGAAGAGGGCACCUGCUAGACCGCCGAAAGAUAAUCUGCGCCUCUCCACGCAGAACAAUAAUGUUGAGACGAGCGAUAACGCCAACGCCGAGCCGACGCAACAGCAGCUUCACUCUAUCAGGAAAUAUCAGGAACAGUUACGAAAACGGAAAGAUGAGGAGGAGAGACUGGAAAUGCUCAGCCAUUCUCUCCGUGGCUCGAAAAAGCUCCAAGCUUUGGAAAGCCACGCGACGAGUCUCAGUGGCCAGGAAAAUUUUGCUUACGCACAGGACGAGGUGACCACCGGCAUCAGUCGAAUUACACACGCUACUCCUAAUGCAGUCCAAGAAGUAGAGGAGCCGCCCAGGCCUCUCACGUACGGCGAGGUCGUUGCUACGCUGGAGAGGCUGCAGCUCCAACUGCGGAAUAUUUCAGGUGCUCUCGGUAUUUCGGGUCCAGGUGUCGAAGCCGAGCUCGAGGCAGUCCGGACACUUUUAGUACAGAAUCGAUUUGCGUCUGCUCUAGCGACUCGUCAUACUUUAAAAAGUCGGUUAAGGGCGAGCAAGAUUUUCAAACAUCAUGCCGAUGACGCAUCGAGUUUAGCGCGAGAUUGCGUGGAUAUCCUUGAAAAAUGGCAAUCGUCGACUGCAACAGGUGUCGGUGGAGCAGAAACAAUAGCCGAUGUGGAAGAGUUAACGAGUAUUCUAACGAGUUACGACAUGGAGGCUCUGCUUCUGGCACACGACUCUAUCGUCUCAUACGUGGAAGGUUUACAAAGGAAGCAAAGCCCGUCCUCUCCACCCAGUGGCCCGCCCAGUCCAACGUCUAGUUGGAAAGAUUCCCGUGUAGUCGACAACAUUAAAAUUAUCCGAAUUGAGAAAACUAACGAACCUCUGGGUGCUACCGUCAGAAACGAAGGGGAUGCGGUAAUUAUAGGACGUGUCGUUCGCGGUGGUGCGGCAGACAAGUCAGGACUUCUACACGAAGGCGACGAGGUUCUCGAGGUAAACGGAGUAGAAAUGCGCGGCAAGACUGUCAACGAGGUUUGCGAUAUUCUCGCUGGUAUGCAGGGUGGUCUCACGUUCUUGGUACUUCCGGCUCCAACGAGCCAUAGAAAUAAUUUAAGGAGAGAAGAAGCGACACAGAAAGAAAUACAUAUACGAGCGCAUUUCGAUUACGAUCCCGAAGAAGACCCGUACAUACCGUGCAGAGAGUUGGGCGUGAGCUUCCAAAAGGGAGAUAUACUCCACGUAAUUUCCCAAGAGGAUCCUAACUGGUGGCAGGCAUAUCGAGAGGGUGAAGAGAAGGACCAGACACUGGCUGGUCUAAUACCUAGCAAAGCGUUUCAACAUCAGAGAGAAUCCAUGAAGCAGACGAUAGCCGGCGACAAAUCGACGAUGCGAGGUUCGAAGAAAUCCAGCACGUUAUUAUGCGCGAGAAAAAAUCCAAAGAAAAAGAAACGAAAUAAGUUCGGCGCGAACUUUAAUGAUGAUGGAUAUCCACUUUACGCGACAACUGCCAUAGACGAUUACGACAGCGAGGAAGUGCUGACGUACGAGGAACUCGGCUUAUACUAUCCCCGUGCAAAUCACAAGAGGCCAAUUGUACUCAUCGGACCACCCAACAUCGGACGACACGAACUCAGGCAAAGAUUGAUGCAAGACAGCGAACGUUUUGCUGCAGCGAUUCCACAUACAAGUCGUCCAAAAAAAGAUUCCGAAAUCGAUGGGCAGGAUUAUCAUUUUAUUUCUCGUGCUCAGUUCGAGUCCGAUAUUCUUUGUCGGAAGUUCGUCGAGCACGGCGAGUACGAGAAAGCAUACUACGGUACGUCCGUGGAGGCCAUCAGGACAGUGGUUAAUUCCGGGAAAAUCUGUGUCUUAAACUUGCAUCCCCAAAGUCUCAAGAUCCUGCGAAAUUCGAAUCUGAAGCCGUAUGUUGUGUUUAUCGCGCCUCCGAGCCUCGAGAAGCUUAGGCAGAAGAGGAUCAACAACAACGAAAGCUUCAAAGAGGAAGAAUUAAAAGACAUAAUCGAGAAGGCCCGUGAGAUGGAGGAUAAGUAUGGCCACCUGUUUGAUAUGCUUAUCGUCAAUAACGAUACAGAUCGAGCGUAUAACCAGCUUCUCUCGGAGAUUAAUUCACUCGAGAGAGAACCUCAGUGGGUGCCUGCGUCUUGGGUUAAUCAACCAUCAUCUUAAGCGGUCUUAGUCGCCGCGCUUUAGAGGAGCGUUUCUGUACGUAUUUCAACGAUGAGGAUGGCGAUCGAAGGCCAGUAUUGCGGUAUCUGUUUGCAAGACGAGUGCUUUUGCGCAAUUUUCCAAGUAAGACUUCAAGCAAGUCUAAUAGAAAUUCGGAGAACUGAUUCUUCUACAGGUGCCUGUUACAUAGUUUUAUGUUUCUUACGCAAAUCUUAAAUCUUCCCCGGUUAUUAUGUAUUGCAAGUACUACUCGCCUGACAGAGUCUUCCGCGUGUGUUGUAUUUUGGUGCCAUGAAAAUCACGGAGAAUCCUCGGAAGUAAUCUUCAAAGGGAGAAAAGGAAGAAGAGAAAUAGAAAAAAGAAUGAAUGUUUUGCAAACAAUUUUCACAAUCUCUGUGACGAACUACUCCUCGACGUAGAUUCUUGCAUUUGUUAUAGAAGAAAAAAAGAAAAUAUGGUGUUUAUAUACCAUUGUGAUGAGAGAAGACAGUUGUCGAGGCUCAGUUGCAUCAAUAAUGUUUCGAAUUUAAGCGAAUACGUAAUCAAAUUGCGGACGAUAAUCGACCGAAAAACUUAAAUUUAAGUUCUGCUUAAAUUUCAAACAGGGUUGCUGCAAUUUAGUCUACUUUUGGUACCUCGAGAUAAUCCCGACUGAAAUAGUACGUUCGUACGUCGAAGUUUCAGAGGUAUUUACGGUUAAAUUCUCAUGACUGACCCAUUCCGUAAGCGGUUAACAUUAUUAUACAUAUUAGAUACGCGAGUAUACAAAAAUUAUCAUCUCGGUGCGCUAAAGCACAUCUGCCGAGCGUUUUGCUCUUUCUACAUAUUAGCCCGUUCUACGUGAGGAAGUGUACCUGACUUGAUAUGUCUCCUAACAGUGAAAAAUUUCUAACUCGGGGGACUCGUGAAAAUAUCGUGUAAUUUUCUAUGGUCCACGUACAUACAUUUUGAUAAAUUUUGAUAAGUAAAACCGGAGCUUCGAUCCAGAUUUUUUAAACGAUUCUCAUUCAACGUAUAGCACGUCCGAAUAUAUUAAUGUGAUUAUAUUAUCAACACUCCACGUAAUCUAAUUACUUCUUUUUACGUUUAUCGCGAAUCAAUCAUACACACACACACACACACACACACACACACACACACACACAUAUAUAUAUAUAUAUAGAACUUUCGCAUACGAUCAUAGAGAGUUGCACGUUUUUUCACAUGAAAUUUCGGUUAGAAAUUUUUGGCAGUCCUGUUAUUCUAACCAAGCGGAAGCUCUUGUUAUAAAGGAAGAAAAAAAAUUCCAAAACGACGUUCCCACAAGCAUAACGACGCACGUUUCUUCGAACGCAAGAGGAAACGUCUGCGAUGUCGAAGAAGGCGAAACUCGCUAACGUUUUACCGUUCGCCCUAGACAUUUCGUGUUUGUUUAGAGAGCAGAAACUCGUGUUUCGAACCCGUAGAUUCGUUAAACGCAAUAGACUUAGGCUCGACUGUGGUUCGGUAUACAAGCUUGUAAAACCUAUUCUACAACGUGCUUUUUGUUUUUUGUUUCUUGAUUUUUUCCUCUUUGUGAUCGUUUUAUCGACAGUUGUAGUUCUUGCUAAAUGUUUCUUCUGAAAUUCGUUAAUUUUUAUCUCGAGCGACAGAAGACGAAAAAGGAAAGCAAAAACACUAGAAGUAAAAAAUAUAUAGCAAAAAGCAAGAAACGGAAAACAAAAAAUACAAUGUAGAAUAGGCUUAAGAGCUCCGGUAAACUUGAAAAAGAUGUGUUGUUCGUAUAGAGAUUGUGGGCUACUGUGUCGUGAUUAGAUCAACUGUGUAAUGUUAGUCGAUCCAGAAUGAACACGAUAGAUAUUAAAUUCAAUGUGAAACAGUCGUAAAAAUGGACGCGCGACUUAGAGAGAUGUGUCUACGGUGGAAAAAAAAAUCGUUAUUUCAAUUUUUAGCUAUUUAAAAUCGAUCUUCUAAGAGCCAAUCAAUGCAUGACGGUUCAAUAUCGUGCCAAGUAUCAGACCGCAUGUGAAAGGACGCAAAAAAGAUGUGCCAAAUAAUCCUGGAUUAUUUCCAGAUGAAUUCAAGUUUUAAAAUGCGCUCAAGAGGCACCGUAGAAUUUGUCAUUAUAUUGAUUAUGUAAAUAAUUGUGCACUUAUGUAUAGAGAGAAAAGGAAGCGAGAAAGAGAGAGA